ACCAGCCUAAGUGGCCCUAUCAAUAGACGAAUGGAUAAAAGAAAUCGUGCAAUUUAUACACAAUGGAGUUCUAUUCCGCCAAAAAGAAGAAUGAAACCAUGUCACUUGUUAAUAAGAUUGAACAGGAGAAAAUCAUGGUACCAGAAGCAGAAGGCCAAUAGCAUUCCAGCUGCCUGAGUAGGCCCAGAGCUGGCACCUGCCCAUGUGUCCCUUCUGCACAGGCUAUUCACCACCAUGAAGGAUCUUCUUCAGUACGUCGCCUGUUUCUUUGCCUUUUUCUCCACUGGGUUUUUGAUUGUGGCCACCUGGACAGACUGUUGGAUGGUGAAUGCUGAUGACUCCCUGGAGGUGAGCACAAAGUGCCGAGGCCUCUGGUGGGAGUGUGUCACAAAUGCUUUUGAUGGGAUUCGCACCUGUGAUGAGUAUGACUCUAUAUAUGCGGAGCACCCCUUGAAGCUGGUGGUAACUCGAGCGUUGAUGAUUACUGCAGACAUCCUAGCUGGUUUUGGAUUUGUCACUCUCCUCCUUGGUCUUGACUGCGUGAAAUUCCUCCCUGAUGAGCCGUACAUUAAAAUGCGCAUCUGCUUUGUUGCUGGAACCACAUUACUAAUAGCAGGUGCUCCAGGAAUCAUUGGCUCUGUGUGGUAUGCUGUCGAUGUUUAUGUGGAACGUUCUUCUCUGAUUUUACACAAUAUAUUCCUUGGUAUCCAAUAUAAAUUUGGUUGGUCCUGUUGGCUUGGAAUGGCUGGGUCUCUGGGUUGCUUUUUAGCUGGAGCCGUCCUGACCUGCUGCCUAUACCUCUUUAAAGAUGUUGGGCCUGAGAGAAACUACCCUUAUUCCCUGAGGAAGCCCUAUUCAACGGCAGGUGUUUCUGUGACCAAGUCCUAUGUGGCCCCCCGUACAGAGACCGCCAAAAUGUAUGCUGUGGACACAAGGGUGUAAAGUGUGACAUAUCAGUCUGUGUUUGUGUUAUUUAACUAAUUAAUUAGUAUGUUCAAGUUAAUAAAAGUAUGACUCAAUCCUGGGACAGUUAUUUACACUUCAUAUUCAACUAAAUGAAUAGCUAGCUUAAUCAAAAGUUUUGAUUCUACCAUCACUUCUAUUACUCUCUCUACUCUCCCCAUACACUUUCCCUAUAUUUUAAGAUAAGGUUGCUGGAAUGUGGAAAUGUUUGUUCCUGAUUUCUAUAUUGCUACCAGAGACGACCACAUGGUGAUAAUAAAAUAGAAAGCAAUCUUUAAAAGUGAUUGAGAUUCUAAUCUUUGGAAGUUCUGAGGAGCUUUGUCUUUUGGGUCACUUCUUUAUAUUUUCAAGGGGAAUCUGACUUACUUGAUAAAUUUGAGUAAGUUUUUUUCUGAAUUCAGGCUUGUAUCUCAAAGUGUAACAUGCUCUGACUUAGCUAAAACAGAAAGAAGCAUCGUCUCAUAUACCAGCCAUCAGUGGGAGUUAAAGAUAAGAAGUUCUUCCUUCAUACUCUCAAUGUCAAAGGCAAGUGCUAAAUUAAUACUGGAAUCAGAGGUGACUUUCUGCCUCAUUAACAACAUAAGAGACCAGUGUAUUAUUUUAUCAGUACAACUUUGCCUAUAUAAUGCCAAAUUAUUAGAUUAUAGCUCCAGGGAG